AAAAAUAAGAAGAAAAUUUGCAGUUGUCAUUUUUCUGUCAUUAUGAAUUAACCUCAAAGAUUUUUAAGGUGUACUACUUCCCUCCCAGCAUGAAGUGUUUGUCGCAUUUCACAAGACUUAUCUUAAAUACCUCGAUAAACACGUGUAAGUAUAAGAAUGUCGGUGCGAAGGAUUAUGGCAUUAGGAGGACUGAAUUAGUUGUUCUCAAAAAUCUUGCAAGAAGUAUAGAGAGACACUCUUUUCAAAUAUUUUGCACCGAUUCAAAUAAAAAAUUAAAAUUUCCAAAACAAAAAGACUUUCAAUUGUACAUUGAACAGAAUAGAGAGAAAUUGCAACACACUGAAGAGAAGUUGCGGGCAAAGGGUCAUGUUAUUCUACAAGAAAUAAAAGACACAAAGACGAAAAUUAAAGAGCGGGUCGGAGGGAUUGUGGAGAAGGAAAAUAUCUACACUAUACCCAACUUUUUGUGUCUUGCUAGAAUAUUUGUGUCACCAUAUUUGGGAGCAUUAAUUGUUAGUGCAGACUAUGAUAUGGCACUUGCAGUCCUUGGAUUUGCCGCUGUAACUGAUUUGCUCGAUGGAUGGAUUGCCAGAAACUGGAAAACGCAGUCUUCCAAAAUGGGCAGUUUCUUAGAUCCCAUGGCGGAUAAAAUUUUAAUUGCCACUUUAUUUUUGACACUUACCUAUGCAGAUUUGAUUCCAAUUGUUUUGACAGGCUUAAUAAUUGUCAGGGAUGUGGCGUUAGUAGCUGCAGGUUUUAUCAUUCGAUACCAGUCACUACCUCCACCAAAAACUUUAAGCAGAUAUUUUGAUGCUUCCUUGGCCACAGCACAGUUGGCGCCAACUUUCAUCAGUAAAGUUAACACUGCCGUCCAGUUGCUGUUGGUGGGGAGCACACUAGCAGCCCCUGUGUUUCACUAUGUUGGCCAUCCUGUGUUGGAAUGUCUUUGGUAUAUCACUGGUGCAACAACCAUUGCGGCGGCAAUCAGUUACGUACUAACCAAAAAUACCUACAAGAUGCUCACGCGAACUGAUCCAAAAAAGUCGUGAUAAAGAAAUGUUAAUGUUAGUGUAAAGUGUAAAGCAUCAUAUAUUUGUGAGGGAUAAACUAUAGGAUAAGAAUCGAAUUACAUGCUCUUGUAUUUUCUCAGUAUUU